AUGGGCAGAAACAUCAUUACGCUAGACGACUUGACAGUCAACAAUAUUGGUACUUUUAAAAAAAUUUUACUGGUGACUUUGCCAACAUCGUAUCCAGAGACAUGGCUCAAAGAUGCAUUUAAUAAUGAUCACAUAGUCAAGUUAGCCUUCUACAGUGAACUUCCGGUGGGCCAAAUAAGAGGGAAGUUGUCGAAUUCAUCUCAUAAUAUAUCAAGCUUCGAGUCAUCCACUUCAGCUCAAUUGAAUUCUAAGAUAAUUCCAAACGCAAUCUACAUUGAGACACUCUCUGUUCUUGAAGCUUAUAGAAACCAGGGUAUAGGGUCAAAAUUGCUUGAAUGGAUCAUCGAGCAAGCUAAAGAGAGAUUCAUCCACGAGAUAUACGUUCAUGUGCACAUCAAAAAUGACAAUGCCAUCAAUUGGUACGAAAAGAAAGGCUUCGAGCGCUCUUCCGAGCCAGUGAAGGGAUACUACGAGCUGCAAAACUUGAAUGAGCCGGAUGCGCUCGUGCUUACAUUAAAGGUAUGA